AUGAAGAACAUAUCGACAUUGUUUAUUCAUGCUACGGUCAUCACUGUCGAUGGUGACCGGAGGAUAUGGUUGGAUGGCGCUGUUCUGGUCACGUUGAAUCGCAUCGUUGCCAUCGACAAGACUGCCUCAUUGCUGAGAAAUCCUGAUCUUCCCGCAGAGACCAGAAUUGUGGACUGCACAGGGCGUAUCAUCCUCCCAGGGAUGGUGAACACCCAUGCGCAUCUUGCCCAGUCACUCUUACGAGGUCUUGCCGAAGACGUGCCCCUGCAUUCUUGGCUCUGCGAUUCGAUCUGGCCGUUGGAGGCGAACUACGAGGGAGAGGAUGGCUACGUUGCUGCAAGGCUGACUAUUGCCGAAAUGCUUCGAAGUGGGACGACCUGCUUCUUGGAAGCAAUGUUGACUUACCGGAGCGGCUUCGACAACGUGGUGCGCGCCGUCGAUGAGAUGGGUAUCCGAGGCUGCUUAGGCAAGCUUGUCAAGGUCGAGGAAACAAACACCAGACUUGGAAUCACAGACCCAAGAGAUCGCGACGUCACCAGCAUGUCCAUUGCCAGUGCUCUUGUAGCACAUGAGAAUUUUCAUGGGUCUUCAGGGGGCAGGUUGCAGGUCUGGAUGGCUGCUGGUACUCCAAGAGGGUCCUCUGAGUCUGCGCACAAGGCUAUUGGGGAUACAUGCGCCCAGCAUGGUAUUGGACUGACAAUGCACUGUGCCGAAGCACCGAAGGACCUCUCAAUAUACCGCGAGAGCUAUGGCUGCACUCCCGUCGAGUUUUGUGCCCGCAAUCACCUCAUCGGAAAGGGCAGGAACACGGUCCUUGCGCACAUGGUCAAUCUCGACCUCGACAAGGAUCUACCGCUACUCCGAGACGCAGGUACUAGCAUUGCACACAACCCAAGCAGCAAUUGCAAGCUCGCGUCGGGAAUUGCACCGGUUCCGGAUAUGAUGACUUCCGAGGUCAAUGUCUGCCUGGGAACUGACGGCGCACCAUGCUCCAACACAUACGACAUGUUGCAAGAGAUGCGGCUGGCGGCAUUGAUCCACAAAGGCACCUGGAGAGACGCGGCAGUCAUGGAUGCGGAAGAGGUUCUUGCCAUGGCCACGAUAAACGGAGCCAAAGCGUUGGGACUCGAUAAGGAGAUUGGGAGUCUUGAGGUUGGGAAGAAAGCAGACUUCAUUGUGCUCGAUGUCUCAGGCCUGCAUUGCACACCUUUUGAUCAGGAUCAGGUGUCUGAUGGUGGGCUUGACCCUGUCACGACCGUCGUUUACUCCUGCAGUGGGAGCGAUGUAGAGAUGGUCGUGAUCGACGGGCAGAUGGUAGUGGAGGAUCGAAAGCUGAUAUGUGCGGAUGAGCGGCAGAUCAAGGAGGCUGCCCGAGGCACAAUCAGGCGUCUGCGGGAUCAAGCUGGUGUGCGCUCGAGGUUGAAGAGGAACAUCUGUUGA